GCGGGGCGCGGGCCGAGCCCCCUGCCCCGCGCGAGCGCCAGCAUGUCGGGGAAGCGCAAGCGAGUGGUGCUGACCAUCAAAGACAAGCUGGACAUCAUCAAGAAACUCGAGGACGGAGGCUCCUCCAAGCAGCUGGCCGGCCUCUACGGCAUCGGGGAGACCACCGUGCGCGACAUCAGGAAGAACAAGGAGAAGAUCAUCACCUACGCCAGCAGCUCCGACUCCACCAGCCUGCUGGCCAAGAGGAAGUCCAUGAAGCCGUCCAUGUACGAGGAGCUGGACAGGGCCAUGCUGGAGUGGUUCAACCAGCAGCGCGCCAGGGGCAACCCGGUGUCCGGGCCCCUGUGCGCCAAGAGAGCCGAGUUCUUCUUCUACGCGCUGGGCAUGGACGGCGACUUCAACCCCUCGGCCGGCUGGCUCACGCGCUUCAAGCAGCGGCACAGCAUCCGCGAGAUCAACAUCCGCAACGAGCGCCUCAACGGGGACGAGGCGGCCGUCGAGGAGUUCUGCGGCCACCUGCGGGACUUCAUCGAGAGGGAGAACCUGCAGCCCGAGCAAAUCUACAACGCCGACGAGACCGGCCUCUUCUGGAAGUGCCUGCCCGCCAAGGGCAAGUGCGCCGCGUCGGGGCGCGCGUGGGCCGAGGAGCGCGUCACGGUCCUGUGCUGCGCCAACGCCACGGGGCUGCACAAGCUGAAGCUGUGCGUCGUGGGGAAGGCGCGGAAGCCGCGCUCCUUCAAGGCCGCGGACACCGCCAACCUGCCGGUGUCCUACUUCAGCCAAAAAGGGGCGUGGAUGGACCUCUCCAUCUUCCGGCAGUGGUUUGAUAAGAUUUUUGUGCCGCAAGUCCGCGAGCACCUGAGGUCCAAAGGCCUGCAGGAGAAGGCCGUGCUCCUGCUGGAUAACUCGCCGACGCACCCCAAUGAGAACGUGCUGCGCUCGGACGACGGCCAGAUAUUCGCCAAGUACCUGCCCCCGCACGUGGCCUCCCUGAUCCAGCCCUCGGACCAGGGCGUCGUAGCCGCCAUGAAGAGGAACUACCGGGCCGGGCUUCUCCAGAACAACCUGGACGAAGGGAAUGACCUGAAGUCCUUCUGGAAGAAGCUCACUCUGCUCGACGCACUUUAUGAAGUCGCGGUGGCCUGGAGUCGGGUCCCGCCGGCCGCCAUCAGCAGGGCGUGGAAGAAGAUCCUCCCGGCCCUCGAGGAGAAGGAGGGCCUGGACUUGGACGGAGAAGAGAUUUCGGUGGCCACAGUGGCCAGCAUUUUACAGCACACCAAAGGACUGGAGCACGUGAGCGCCGAGCACCUUGAAAAGUGGCUGGAGGUGGACAGCACCGAGCCAGGCUACGAAGUCUUAACGGACAGCGAAAUCAUCCGGAGGGCCCAAGGCCAGACAGAUGAGUCCAGCGAAAACGAGGAGGAGGAGAUAGAACUGAUUCCAGAGCGACAUAUUAACCACGCAGCCGCUCUGCAGUGGACCCAGAACUUGCUGGAUUACCUCGAGCAGCAAGGCGACAUGAUUCUGCCCGACAGGCUGGUGAUCCGGAAGCUUCGGGCCACCAUCAGGAACAAACAAAAGGUGGCAAGCUCGAGUGAAUAGUGAUCCGGAAGCUUCGGGCCACCAUCAGGAACAAACAGAAGGUGGCAAGCUCGAGUGAAUAGCGGCACCUCGCCGUCAGCACCGUGGGGAGCGCUGUUGUUAAGGCCGGUCUCUGCCAGGGGGCUUAAUUUUCUGUGUUCUGAAUUCUCAGCUGUGGCUUGUGAAGCGCAGGCUCAGAAAUGUGUCUGACGUGGUUGACAUUGUGUUGGCGUCACCCGUGUUCCCUUGUCUGUGCAGACACUCGGAGCUGAUCGUGGAUACAGAACCAGGCCCCCACCUGCCCUGCCUCCCGGCGGCCCGCCCUGGCCGGCAGAAGUCACAGGUGGCGGUGAAAGAUGCGGCACUUUCCCGAAACUUGUGUGAUUUGUGGGGGCAGCCACCAUGACCUCUUCUUGUGCCGGCCCUUGGCUAGCAGUUGUGUGUGUGUCUGUGCUGAUGGGGCGAGAAAUUCCUGUGAUUUCAGGGUGAUUUGUAAUCUGUCAAAUAAUGAGAAACUGGAUCAUGAACUGGGAAAGUAACUUGGAAAUCGUCCUCUGUUCUCUUCUAUGUGGAUGGCAAGAAGGAGCAUUUCGGAGCAAUGAAGGCCAUAGGGUGUGGUUGUUAAAUUAAUGAGGAGAUUUGGGAAGCAGCUAUAUUACAGGUGUCCUGCUCCAUCAGUAGGAGACGAGGAAUUGGGAAUCUUGGGAACUCUCGGUUACUAAUACAAAGGGAAUAACCAGGCUUGCUUUAUUUGGGUCUUUUAUUAUAUUUGGGGUUGGGUAACCAUAUAGGUUUAUUAUUUAUUCAUCUAAUUACAGCCUAGGUUUUGUAAUGUUCUAUGUGAUGAUGUGAGCCCCCGCCUGAGGCAAGGGGACUCCUGGGGAUUGGAAUGUUAUUUUUUUACUGUAUAUUUGAAAAUGUGUAUAAUUUGAAAAAGUUUGUCAUAACCCCCCCCCUUUUCUUUGAUUAGAAAAGAAGAAAUGAAUAAAGCUUUUAUUGUUUCAAAGAAGCCAUAGGUGGUGACCUGUCUCGUGAAGAAAGCAGAAUGAAUUAUGGAAAUUGCCAGAUUCUAAGGAAUUUCACCCUCGCUUUGACACUUGUCAAAAAGAUGUUAUUUCCUCAAGAGAUCAUUAAGUCAGAGUUUUUAUAUAUUUGUUAUUCAAGACAUUGUAAGGGCUUUGUGUGAAUAGGAAUUUGUGAUUCCAACGCACAGUAUGUCCACCUGCUUGUGUUUUGGUCCUCGAUUAAAACAGAGUUGUUCUCCCUCAGUUGUUUUUUAAAAGGUCUAAGUUUUCCGUUGAAAAAGUUUGCAUUUUCUAGUGCCUUCCUUAGAGUUGUAACACUUCAAAGCUAUGACUAGCUUGCCAGGACUCCCGUUACCUUCAUGACAUGUCUGCGUUUAAGAAAAGACAGACCAGCGAGGACAACUGUUUAGAAACUCGACUUGCACCAGUUGUCUCAAUGCACAGGGGAAAAACCAUCAGAAGUGAGUGGACACUGGCUCAGACAAUUACGUAUUCUGCUAUCCAUUCGAUCGUAGAUAACAUAAUUUUUCAUUUUUCUAAAACACAAGUUUGUGCUGGAAGGCUUGGAAUUUCGGUGGCUCUCCUAAGGGGCCUUGUCAGUGGAUGUCCCCGCGUCGCCGCCCCCCGGUGGCCGCCUGGCAUUACUGCUCUGCUGUGUGGUUUGAGUCUUGCCUCUUAGUAAAAGGUUCAUUUGUGGCCUCGAGUGUGAAUCUUGUGACUUUCUCUGGCCCGUGAGAGACAGGUCUUCCUGCUUUAUACCCGUUUGCUCUUCUGGAAGCCGCCAGCACUGGUGGGCCAGCACUUCUGUUCUGGACCCUUCCGUUCUUCAACAUACCUAUAAAGGCCGCCAGGUCCCGACUAUGAGGGUAAGCGCGGUUAGGGAUUAAGUGGACCCCUGAGUCUCACUUCCCGCACUUAGCUGCUCAAGAUCUUUGGCUCCAGGUAAGAAUUUAAACCCCGGUUUUAUCUUCCCCAGCCGAGGCUGGCUUCUUACACUCACCUUUCAGCUCUCGUCCCUUGCCACCACGCCCCCCACGCCACCGCCUGGAGUUGGCAUCAGAUUCCGCAGGUAAAGAGCUCAGUCCCAACAAUGGCAGCCCCGCCUCACCCAGGCUGAGGUGCCGGUGGGUUCCCUGUGCUGCUGACCUCUAAUUACAAAUUGGGGGUUCCAACAAUACCCUUCACUGCCCCCCACUUCAGGAUGCCAGUUCCGAGUCCCCCUUCUCUGCACUUCUG